AUGAAAAGGUUAACAAAGAUGCAUAAAAGGCGUACAAAAUAUGCACAAUUAAUUACAAACCUUGUCAACAAAACUCGUGAAAUUAAACAAAAUACAAGUGAAAGUCACAUGAUGUUAAAACAGAAAGGAAGAAUUGACAGACUUACAGUAUGUACACAACUAUUAGAAAGCAAAGGAAGAAUGUCAUCCUUAGUCAAAUCUCAGCCAUUGCCAAAUCUUUUACCACCAGUUGUACAAGAGCAAAAUUACGAUAACGCAAAUCAAGAUCAGUCCGAUUCAUUUGCAAAUAUUAUGAGAAACUCACAUCCAGAAAUGUUACAUAAUUAUUUCAACGAAAAUGGUGUUCCACGCUUGUUAAAUUACUGUGGAGAGCCAUACUUUCGUAAUAAGUUCUUUGAUAUUAACAUUGAUGGUCUUGUUCAAGCACUUCCAAACAUCUUAGCAACAAUUCCACCAGCGAAUCGUAUGGUUUUCAUGCAACGCGUCAUUGAAAUCCAUCGAGAAUCUUCAAUGUUCACACAACUCUUCGAAAACUCAGCAUUAAUUACAGAUCCAUUCGAAAUUGUUUUUGAAAUCGAAUAUGUCUGUGCACAAAUCCUCAAAUGCAAACGUGUUAAACUUUUAGUAUCAUCACCACUAUCUGAUGAGCUUACUUACGUUCACUCCGAUGUCCGACGUACAAUCUCUAUGUCAACAGGUCUUAUUGCUAGUGUCAUUCACCGUGGCGACUUCGAGUUUAUUAAAGAUCCAUGCAAUUCAGAGGAAAUCGACAUCGCAGUCGAAUCAUAUAUUUUCGAAGGCAGCAAAAACUGUUUCAUUACACCACUACUUCAUCCAGAUUACCCAUAUCCAUUUGUUUUUGUUGCUAUUGACAAGUUAAGAGAUGAUUUUGUUCCAUCAGAUUUUGUUUCAUUAUUUUAUUUCUUCAGACAUAUCACAUCAUUACUUAAACUUGUUGUUCGGGAAUUAACAAGUAUCACGGAACGUGACAUGACUAAAUUGGUUGAAGGUUUGAGUGAAAUUGCCGAUGUCAACAACGCACAUGACAUGAUUUCUAAAAUCAUUAGUGUUUCAAACAAGUUAACAGAAAGUUCAUGCACAAGGUUAUUUACCGUUGUUGGUGAUGGUUUCUGUGAAGAGACAACAGGUAUCAAACUUGGUGGUAAAGUUUUACAAAUCGAUCGCGGCUUAGUUUGUCGUGCCGCUAUUGCUAAUGAAUUGAUGAAUUAUUUUUUGCCGAGGAGAGCUAAAGAAUUUUCAGUUUUAAUUGAUGACAUCACAGAACCACGUAUCUGGUCUAUGGUUGCAUCACCAACUACAUAUAAAGGCGAAGUGAAAGGUGCAUUUGUUUUAUAUAACCGACAAAAUGGCACAUUUUUUAGUUCUAAAGAAACAUUUUUAGUUUCUAAUUUGUCUAAAUGCAUUUUACCAUUAUUGCAUACAUGUUGUGAAUCAUCGAAACUUCAUGAAUCAUUAGACAGAAACAAUGUUAAUAUCAUCCGAGCAUAUAACUUGACCGUUUUCAGUAUAUUUAAAUCAAUCCAAGCAGCAGGGACAUCUAAUUUGUUUUUCGCUAUGACAAAUUUUUGUCAAAAAUUAAAACCAUCAGUUGACUUUCGGUUUUUAAUUUAUGAAGGUGAGAAUUUGUAUGAAGCCGAGACAAAUAAAUCCGUUCCAACAGAACCACAACUUUUAGAUGCAAUUUGUGACAUGAAACCAACCGCUGCAGUUAAUGAUAAUUUUGGCAUAUUAGUUUUGCCUAUUUUAGACAAAGAAAACAAAAUUUAUUUAUUCGAAUUCAAAGCACAACUUAUGCGUCUUAAGACAGAAGAAGAGUCUAAUGGCAUUUUACAGUGCACGAGGAUCUUAUCUAGUUUGGAAGAACAAACACCUAAACUUCGAAUUCCAGAGAAUGUUUACAAGAUCACCAAAAAAUCACGGAAUUCAUCUAAUAAAAGUGUUAAAUUGUCUAAGAACUCAUUAUCAAGUUCAUUCUACAACUUGGAUGUUAAUAUUAACACAGAGGACCCUAAGAUGCCAUUCAUCCCAUUAAGCCUUAAAAACAUUCAUGACGAAGAUGGCAUUACUUCUACAUCUGUCUUCGAUUUGAGUUCCGCCCAUUCUAAGAGUGACAAAUUUAUUAUUGUCUCAUCAUCACGUCCGAACAUCAAUCCACAAUCAUUCGAGAUGCAACUUGAGAAAGACAAACUUCAGAUUUAUCCAUUUGAUCCAUUUUUGACAUCUAUUUUGAUGAGUUUUUCCAAACUUUCUACUCGUCAACUUGAUUUGCAUCACAAGAUCGUCAACAUGAAAGAAAUCAAACCAGUUGUUCGUUCAUUGCAUUUACUUGGUAAUGUUCUUGCAUGUCCUAUGCCAUUCACCGAUUUAUUGCGGAUUUUGAUGGUUUCAUUCACUAAUUUAUUUGGCAAAUGUGUUAAAUUAGAGAUUUUCGAUCCUCCUCUUCACGAUGAACAAGAGACAGAUCCAAAUGCGUUGAAUCUAGAACGAGACCGUAAGAUCUAUGCUUCUAUCAAGAUAUCAAGUCCAAUGACACCCGAUAAAUCUAUGGCUCUUUCAUAUUUCGCCGAUUUAGUUUUAGCUCUUUUGGCAUCUCGAGACGAACAGAAACCAGAUAGUCCUAUGGAAGUCUUAUCAAUACCAGUAUUAAGUCCCGAAUUAGGAUACAAUUUCUUCAACAUGAAUGUGCAUGAAAAUGUUAGUAUUUGUGCUGAAAUCUUCUCACAAUUCAAAGUCAAUGAUGUUUUGAAUGUUUCUAAAGAGCGUGUUUCUAUUUGGUUGUGGCGUUUAGCUAAUAAUCCAGAAGAAGACCGAUUCUUUUUAACCAGUUUAGAUUCAUUACAACUUGCAUAUUCCAUCUUCACAACAUAUGAUUUGUUUUCAUAUUUUACGGACAGCGAAUUAUGUGCAGCAUGUAUUUCAUUCUUCGUUCGAAGUGGCUUUCCUCAUAUGCGCCCAGACUUCAAAUAUUCCAGUUAUCUUAAACACUUCUCCAAGCUGUCCAACAAAGUAUUAGUUCGUAUUACAACAGCUAUGAUCAUUCUUGCUGAUCCAUAUUGUGAUUUGCUUGAAAUGUCUAGUGAAGAAACAGUUUGUGGUGUUUUGGAAUACAUGAUUCAUAGCAGCAGUAUUUCAGUUCCUCUUUUGAUUUCUAAGAUGACAUUUGUUGGACGACGAGGGAUUGAUUUCGAAAACAUCAAUCACCGUUUGUUGUUUACUAUGUUAGUUACAGAGUUGUCACAAUCAUCAUAUUUCUUUCGCUCCAUUGACGUUUUUAAUCAAUACUGUUUGUUGUCUAUGGAAUCACAAAAGAUGCUUCUUUACAAAGCACAAAAGAUUGUUCAUCCAUACAUUAAAGUUCUUGAUUUAAUUACACAACAACAAUCUAUCUUUUACCGUGCAUUCUCGGACAAAGUCUCAUGGCUGAACCUUAAAGGCAAAACAUAUUUCCAACAACAACAUCAAGAAGAAGAACUUGGCAACAUGUCUCUUUUUGAUGCUAGAUAA